AGAGCUGCUCGGGUCGCUCCUGUUAAACAGCUGAGACAGAAGACGUUUAUCUCAAGGUGGUCCAGAGUUAUGCGUGAUGCGUUAUUGAUGCUUUUAUCUUAUUGGAUGGAGGUUUCCGACGUAUUUAGAGUCGGUUACAUCUUCAGUUACUCACACAGGGUCCCGACUGGAGAAUACUGAAAUGUGCGGCACAUUUUCUUGUAGUCGUGCACGUUGCGCUGCGCAACAGGUGAUGCGCUUUGUCUGCCUAUCUCUAUAUUCUACCCUACAUAUUACUGUUCAUAUUUUUUUUAACUUUUUUGCGCUUUUGCGCUGUGUCAGUGGGUCAUUUUGACACGGAUUUCCUUUUAAAAUAAUUUAAAUUUAAACAAUUUAAAAUUGUUGUUGUUGUUACUAACUAACAGUAAUGGGAUUUUUCUGAUUGUGUAUUUUCAUUUGAGGCUACUUUAUACUUCUACUUCACUGCAUUUCACAGGGAAUAUAUUGUACUUUUACUCUAUUAACAUAUUUAGAUUGUUAGUUACUUUUUCUAUUAAGAUUCUCCAAACAAAACUUACUUUAUAAAACAUGAGAUCAAUGGUUACAACCAAAGCCACCGAAAAGUAUAUAAAGCAUCUAACCCAUGAAGCUACAACAUAAAAGUAAUGCUUAAAUGUUGUUGCAUCAGUGAUAUUUGGUCCAAUAAUAAUACGUUUUGAAUUUGAUAUACUUUUACGUAUCAGUCAAUGAUCUGAAUACCUCUUCCAUCACUUCUCCCUCAUACAAGCUGUCAUGUCUGAUUGUAACCUGUACAAUGUAAUGAUUGCCUCCAGCACAAACAGAAGCACCAGCUUCUCUUGUAGAUCAAAUGGUGUGUUGUGAUAUUAUCGUACUGCUGGCAUAAUGAACAGCAGAGCCCAAAGGCACCAUGAAACUGUCAGAACAUACAUCUGCUUACCGUCUCCUCCCUUUCUGGGUUGGGCGGCUGCCAAACCAAAUGCAUGAUGUCAUUAAAGAGACCUGGAGAUUACGGUCCUUUCUCUGGCACACUGGACCUCCUUGUGGCUCCAGUAUGACUUCACCAUCCUCUAAAAGCCAUAAAACUUUGUAGCCUACUUUACUGAGUAAUAAAUUAAUCCACUUUCAACUUGAAAAGACGCUUUGCUUUGGGCUUUUUUAAACAGCAAUUUAAAAAAAUCACUUUAAGACAAAUCAGAUUAUUCUUGUAAAUGUUUUUAUUUUUAACAUUUGAUGUACAAAUCAGCACAAAAGUAGUGAAGGCUACAAAUCCAACAGUGCAGUUGGAUACACAUUAUUCAUUAAUAAAGCCGGGUAUGUGUAUAAGUUAUAUCAGUCUUCUAUGAAGCUUAUGUCAGCAGUCAUCAGGCCAGCAGCGGGACAUUUGCCACACUAAGACAUCUGGGAGCUUUGGUGCCUGCAGUUUAUUCAGGCAGAAACAUGCUUUUGUUGAAGGGACAGUUUCAUCACUUCUUUUAUUCUUGCAGACAGACAGAAGAAAGAGGGGGAGGGAGAGAGGGAGAGAGAGAAUGUGUCUAAGUGUAGAUGACCGAGCUGAUGAAACACAUGAAACAGCGCUCUCUCACCAGCCCGGCGCACUACUCCUAAAUAGGCAAUGCUGCCUGUUUGACUCGACGAGCUGAGUGGAGUCAAUGCUCUCUCUUGUGAAUGUCAAACUGCUCGUCACAAAGUGCCGUCCUCUCCCCUUUCCCCCUCUUCAGCGCAGAGAAAAGCUCAUGAAUUGCACAUGAUUACUCUGUGAAUAAAAGAGAAAGAAAUGAUGAAAGAUCGGGAGCCACGAAGGAAUGAAAGAGACGGAGAGGGUUGGAUGCCUCCUGUAAGACGAUGUGGGAGAAGUACUCAGAUCCUUUUCUUGAGUAAAACUACCAAUAACAAAGCACAAGUUUACUCUGUAAUGUAAUCAUUGCAUUCACAAUUUCACCUAUGUAAAUGUACAAAAAAUAAUACUAAAUGUACUCUAAAGCAUGAAAAGUACUCUUUAUGCAAAACUGCUGCAUUUACUUUAGAGUAUUAUUAAAGAUGAAUUAAUAUGUAAGCAGUAUUCUACUGUUGUAGUCUGUGGAGGUAAUGCUGAUUUAAUUUACUUUAUACACUGUUAGGCUGAGGUUUAUAAUUAAUCAGUUUGCUCGCUGGCUUACAAGCUUACUUUAUCUGAACGUGUGUGUGUGUGUGUGUGCGUGCCUGUGUGUGUGUGUGUGUGUGUGUGUGUUUGCAACACUCAGAGCAAUAUCUGUUGGACAGGAAUGUUACUGUGUUAAUAGCGCUCCCCUUGUUGCCUUUUGUCCACACAUAUUUGACCUCAAUGUGUCUGAGUCGUGCAGCCACACCCUCAGUGGUUUCUUCAGUCACUCACUGACCUUAUGUCCGUGUGUAAUACAGCUCUGUGCCUGUCUUGUUGCUGUGUGUGUGUGUGUGUGUGUGUGUGUGUGUGUGUGUGUGUGCACCCGUUGAGUCACUGUUCCCCUGAUAGAGAUAACUGUGUGUCUCAGUCUGUCACUGCUCUGUCUGCCCACUAACCAGAUUUGGAGGGUGACUGAGAAACAUGGGUGUCCAGGGCAAGAGGUCAUGUUGAGAGAUGAGCUCUCAGACACACAGGCAACACUUUUGUUGCUGUUGGUAACAGUGAAGUGAGUGCGGGUGCUUGUUCCAGUCCCACUGAGCGAUUUGCACUCAUUUGUUCAGGAAGUACAGGCCAGAUUUCCUGUUUCUCUGUGCCGACAAUCCCCAAAGCUACCAUUCAGAGGCGAUGGGCUUGUAGCCAAGAGGCAACACCUACCAAAAUAUUCACGUAGGAUGUUUGUGAGAGAGUAUAGUCUGUUUCUAUUAGUGGAAAGGACCAUUUUACAACCGUAAAGCUGUCAAUUAGACACAUCACCAGCUACAUAUUUAACCAUCAUUCUCUUAUUAGGAGAGAAUAUAUUUAUAGUUUUAUUUAUUGUUCCAGAUGAUCAGCAGUUAUUUUUGCUCUAUUAAAAGCGCAGCUUUGGAGGUGGCAUGUGAGGAGGUGGGCACUGCAUUCCAGCCGCAUUGUCUAUCAGGACAGCAGUCCGUGAGUCAAGUUAACACCAGAAGAGACUGUGAAUAUGUAGCAGACUGUACGAAACCAGAUGUAUAUUAGUGCUGUCAGAAACCCUAACCACGAAGAAAUCAGAGAAACAAACGUGCCCUGCAGCUUAAAAAGCUAAUUUAACAACUUGUAUUUAAAUACAAGUUAGUUACAAUAAAUAUUUUCAAGUGAAAAAUGUGGAAUGUUAAAAAAUUAACUUAAAAAAUAAAUAUUUAUUCUGCCUGUUUGGUACAGUAACGUGUCACCUCACAUUCCCUCAGAAAAAAAAUCCAAAAUAUAUAUUUUAAUUUUCAUGUUACAUACAAAUAACAUACUUGCCAAUUGAGCGUCGACCCUUAUGAACAGAGAAUUUAAUAGCAUUUUUCUUAGUUUCCUGAAAAAUGAUGAAACCUAUAAUUCAUACUGUGAACACAAUGUUUUCAGCCUCCACAUUUAAUUAAGAACUUUCAACCACUCUAAUGCUAAUGGCACUUUUGGUUCCAUUGGUUCCAGAGGCACUUUGCUAAAUCGAAUGACAUUACAUUUUGAAGAGUAUGAUACAUCAUGAUAGUUUCUAAAAUGUCUUAAAUACUUUAUUCUGUGCACUGUUUGUUUAUUUGCUGAAUGCUGCUGCCCAAUGAUAUAUAGUGGUAUGAUGUACACACAUUUUCGUCCCUCAAUUAUCCUCUUCAUCAUUUUUCUGUUCACCAUGAUCAUUAUUCCAUUUGAGUAUUUUGCCCCACCUCCGACUGUCACAAGCUACAUCAAUUCAACACAAGGCUGAGAGAUGUCAAAUGGAAGGACGAAACAGACGAAGUGUCUAUAGAGAUUCGACUAUUUUCAAACACGAACAAUCUAAAUGUUAACAGGAGUGUAACCGACAUAGAGGAGCAGGAACAGAUUUCCUGAAGUAACAGAGCGACUACGGGGGAGGUUUUUGAAGGCCAGGAGUCAUGGCGCCGUCCUGCUCAUUAAUUAGUCUUUGUGGGUUGAGGGUAAUUGGUUGACCGAUUAGAAAAUGACAAACGCAAUGUUCUGCUUCUUGGUAAUGGACCAAAUAAAAUCCUUAAUUACAGCCAGAUGCCCUUCAUACAACCAAGCACAAAGACGCACACGAGCUGACUCCAUUGAUUUGUUUGACAUAUGAAGAAGCUUAUUUAAUAUAGUUAAGAGAUGAGUCCUUUCUUUGAAUGUUUCAUAACUGAGUUCUGAGUCUAACAACUUUAUUUCUUGUCUGACUCUCAGUCUCCUCUCAGUCUCAUUACGAUCCUAUAUUUCUGUAUUUAAGCUCGUCUGACUCUAAAGGCCCAAACCAAUCAGAGUAAAGUGCCAUCUGUGGAGCAUUUUCUCCACAGCAGAAGAGAUGAUGAUGGUCAUAAUGGGUUUGAUCAUGAAUGAUAGUUGGCAGUAAUAGAAUGAUGCUUUUUUAACUGAAUUUAAAGCAACUAUAAUUGGUAUUUUUUAUAACAACAAUGGAGGGAAGGCUGAAAUGACUAGGAACCCACAGAGAGUCAUCUUGUGACUCUGCAGUUCUGCCGCGCUCUUUUUAGCUUCUUUCAGCUCUUUGUUUCGGUUUUCAAGUUCACCAUUAUCAACUUAAACGGUGAUUAAAUGUCAGCGUUGUGCCAGAAAAUCCAUUAUUGCAGGAUUUUAAAGUUUCAAAGAAGCUGGUCCCCGUUAUAAUUCUUAUUCAGCAGCAGUAUAAAACAUUGACCUUGGAAUUUCUAAUGUUAUUGCAUAAAACGUAACCAUAACCUUAACAUCAGCUAUGUUUGUUUGUUGUCUGAGUAGAUAAAGUACGGAUGGAUGAGGAAAUAUUUUCUCCGUGAGAACAUUCAUUUUUGAGACAGGAGAGUGUUCCUGAAGUGUGUUUGCUCUUCUAUCAGGUAUGCACCGGCUGUUUCCUGCGGCUUUGAAAGAAAUAUUCACUUUUUUUGGAAUAAGAAUCACGAAGAAAUAACAAAGAGAAAAAUUCAUCACUGACAGUAAAAAAAAAAGAAAUCCUAACUUAAAAAAAAUUCUCCCAUUCUAAAAUAUUCUGCUCUGGCUCACUUUGCAUUUAGUUUUGAGCAUAUCACAUCGUCUUUCUGAAAAUCUGACAUACUGUAUAUGUAUACACACACACAGAGACAUGAAGAGAUACUUAUACAACACUCCACCACUUUGUCUCUCCACAGCUCAGUCAAUAAUAUCAACUUGCUCCUCAUGUGAGUCAUCACUCUAAGUUAUGAUGUUAAGUGAUCCAUCUUGUCAUCUGUACAUGUCCUGAACGCUCUAACAAAACAUUUCAUGUCGGGGCAGUGGGAGCAUCUGUUGUCCCUCAUGGCCACCAUUCAAAACCUUCUUUUUUUUUACCUUCUGAAGUUACAGCAGUGGAUUCCAAUCUCUAUCACCUAAUCCAUCUCCUCAUGCUCUCUCUCAUCCGCUCUAUUCUCUAAUGCAUACCCUAAAAAGGAGUGGAGGGUUAGGGUUAGGGUUGGAUUUGGAUGUGGGGUCGGGUCACAGAGGGGUAUAUACAGCACCCCAUAACUUAACGAGGCUUAUGGUCUCUGGUCUUGACCCUCUGUGGAUGCUACCGUCUCCUCCUGUCCCCGUAUUCUUUUCUACUUCUUUUUUUCCUCCUGACUGGAACCAAACAUGGCCUUCAGACACUCAGGUCACAAAAGUUAUCUCACCUCCACCAUGACUGAUCGCUUCGACUGCUACUACUGCCGGGACAACCUGCACGGGAAGAAGUAUGUGAAGAAGGACGAGAAGCAUGUGUGCACCAAGUGCUUCAAUAAGCUCUGCGCCAACACCUGUGCAGAGUGCAAACGCCCCAUCGGCGCUGACUCCAAGGAGCUGCACCACAAGAACCGCCACUGGCAUGAGGACUGUUUCCGCUGUGCCAAGUGCUACAAGCCACUGGCCAGCGAGGCGUUCAACGCCCGGGAUGACGGCAAGAUAAUGUGUGGCAAGUGUGGCUCCCGAGAGGAUGGCAACCGGUGCCAGGGCUGCUACAAGGUGGUCAUGCCAGGAUCCAAAAAUGUGGAGUACAAAAACAAGGUGUGGCACGAGGAAUGCUUCACCUGCUUCGAAUGCAAGCAGCCGAUCCGCUCGCAGAGCUUCCUGACCAAGGGGGAGGACAUCUAUUGCGCUCCCUGCCACGACAAGAAGUUUGCCAAAAAGUGCUUCCACUGCAAGCAGCCCAUUACCACCGGAGGGAUCAGCUACCAGGACCAGCCCUGGCACUCCGAGUGUUUCGUGUGUCACACCUGCCGUAAAACUCUCGCUGGAGCUCGCUUCACUUCCCACGAGAACAAUGUUUACUGCGUGGACUGCUUCAAGACCGAUGUGGCCAAGAAGUGCCAUGGAUGCAAAAACCCAAUCACAGGGUUCGGCCACGGCACCAAUGUGGUGAACUAUGAAGGAUUCUCCUGGCACGAGUAUUGCUUCAACUGCAAGAAGUGCAGCCUCUCGCUGGCCAACAAGCGCUUUGUCAUCAAUGGAGAUCAUAUCCACUGCCCUGACUGUGCUAAAAAGGUGUGAACUGCAAAUUAGCUGUGCAGAGGAUUCUGUUUAAAGUGGAAUUACACCAAAACAGACCUUUUAGAUGGUUCAUUUGCAGAAGAACAUAUUUGAUUGGUGAGGGAAAUUGAGGCCUCAAAAUUACAGAAAAUGUGUGAGUUUGGAUAAAAAAAAGUUAAAAUGGUGAAUUUUGGUGACGCUUCUCUUUUUAAGGUUGACCGAAUAUAGUUUGUUUCAACUAAAUACGCACUAGUUUGAGUCAUUUAUCUACAUAUGCAUUAUUGCAACUUGUUUCGGUGUUGGAUACUAACAUGGCAACAUCAUUUAUUUUGGGGGAUUUUGAUGUGUAACAUUAGUCCAAUCUGAUCCAGAAUCCUGUGCAGUUUUAUGAGACAAAAGUAUUUUCAGUGCCUUACUGGAAUCUAUCAGAGAAUAAUAGUUUUUUACAUGCAUACUGCUCCUCCUGCAUACCAGCUUUCAUUAAUAAUCUGUUGCAUUCAUGUUUGAAUUGAUUAUAAGAAUUCACAAAAAUGCUUUGAGUGAUUUUAAAUUAGAUCUUUGAGAUUGAUGCCAACAUAUAAACUGCUCAUGUAUUCAAGACUUUGAGUGAACACAAAAACAAGAAUAAAAGAAGGAAGUGUAAAGUC